AUGAAGCUUGACGCCCUCGUAGCCGCCACCUUCUUGGCCACAACCGCCCAAGCCGUCGGCCCCAACGGCCCCGGCGAGCAGCGGCUGACCGGCGAACCCGAGAAGCUGGCCAACUGGCGCUGGCCCAACCCCUUCACCUCCGACGCCCACAAGCAAUUCACCCCCUCCUGCGAGGCCACCGCCAAGUUCGACGCCGAACAGUACAUCCUCGAGGAUCUCAGCGAGCAAGAGCCCAUCGGCCUCCUCGCCUUCCGCGACGCCCUCAAGGAAGUCUUCUCCACCCGCGAGUACCCCGGCAGCUGGGAAGGGAUUGACCCGCACGGGUAUGACCGCGUGCUGCUGCAGAUGGCGUACGAUGAGAUCCCGCUGGCGGUGCGUGAGUGGCAUGAGCACCAGGAACGCACGGAUGGCGAGGGGAAGGGCCUGUUUGCGCUGUACCCGCGCCCGGCUCCCGGGACGCGUGUGAUGCAUACUAUUACGAUUCCGAAGGAGGUGCCGGUGCCGGAGGAGUGGCGCGAACGGGAUAACACGAGGGUGUUGCUGUUUUCGCCGGGGGCCGUGUAUGAGACGUUGCCCCUGUGGGUCGCUGAGGGCAGUGAUUGCGAGGCAACCCUUCGUGACUUGUCCUUGUACACCGGGGAAUUGUCAGAUGGCGGCGUGGUCGCCUACCCGGUCACCCACACCACUCCCAACCGGAAGCAGAAGCGCCGAGAUAUCGAGAUUGAAAUUAAGGCGCAGGUAUUGAAGAAGAACGUUGAGCAGGGUGAGGCCCAGAAGGAGGAGCUGUAG